UCCCAACUGCGUUGGUAGGCUGAGGGGUUUGAACCAUUAGAGAUGGUUGAACAUACCUGCGGUAGUUUACUCUGAUUUUUAAAAGGGCAUUAAAAUUACAAGAGGAGAGGUAAACACGUGGUUAUUCAGUGGUGGUUAGAAAAUCGUAGCGAUGGAUUCGUGGGAUUUAUGGCAAGAACAGUGUCCAUUGACUGAGAACUUCUCUGAACUUGUGAAUGAUGUUUUUAUAGAUGAAGACUCCUCUCCAGGGAGUAUGGAUAUGGUUUUUUCACCUUGGAGUACUGAACCAGUUGAAGAGUCUACUUCGCCAUCAUUGUCAGCUUCACUAUUUCCAUUAUUAGAUUCGUCUGGCCAGCCUACUGAUGCAUCUGGGUGGUGCCCUUCUUAUGUUCGCUACAAAACUGAGCUUUGUAGUCGUUAUGCUAUAACUGGGACUUGCAAGUAUAAUGAGAGGUGUCAGUUUGCCCAUGGAUUGCAAGAGCUGAGGGUCCCAUCACAACACCCCAAGUACAAAACUGAACUCUGCCACACAUUUCAUACAUGUGGAUUCUGCCCUUAUGGUCCCCGCUGCCUUUUUGUUCAUGAUCUGGAUGAACAGAAGAUUGUACGACAAAACAGAUCUAAGAAGAUAAUUAGCAAGUACAAGACUGAAUAUUGCCGUACGUUUGCAUCUUUAGGGGUGUGCCCAUAUGGGACACGCUGCCACUUCAUUCAUAACGAGAAGGAGAGGAGAUUACCAGCACCCCAAGCUCCUUCCUCUAGGUUUAAGCUGCAUCAAAACAAUUAUAAGAAGGAGCAGUGCCGUAACAUCUUAACUGGAUUCUGUCCAUAUGGAGCCCGUUGUCACUUCUUGCACAACCAAGAGAAUAAUGAAGUGCAGCAGGCAGAGGUGGAGCCUUUCAUCUCUGCUAACUACUGCAGCAAAGGAGGUGCUGUUUACAAGCUGGCAGGAAGAUCGCUCUCACCAUCUUCUGACGGUGUAUCUACAUCUUCAGGAACACCCGAUUAUUGCAUGGGCAGUAUUUCUCCUGUACCCACAGAGUGUUCGGCUAACAAUGCAUUUACCUUCACAAGCCAGCAGAUAACUGACCUUUUGCUGCCAUUGGCUAUAGGGAUGCAGGAAUGAAGCAUACAUUGUCCUCCAAAAACUGUUUGAAUGGCCAUAUACAUACCUUUCUUUGUCUAACCCUGUGGAGUGUGAAGGUUUUUCCAUAGUCUUAAAUGUAGCUGUCCUGAAGCAGUUCCAUACAGCGGAGUUUUUUAAUGCCUUUUUUAAUUUUUUUUUUUUUUUUUUUAAGGUUUUAAUUUUUGCACAAAGUGCCCAGCUUCCAACAUUUUCUUUAUGCACUAAUGUUUCACUUUGUUUUUAAGCAUUAUGUUAUUACUUAAUGAUGGACAAGGAACUUCAAACCUCUCAUUUCAGUACAAAACUCAUCAGAACUGGUCUACAUCCAAGGCUCUGUUCAAAGACUAUUGGCCUCAAUUAAGGUUUAUACUCUGGAAAUGUACUCAUUGCUGGAUUUUGUAAUCUCUGUCAUUCACAAUGGUUUGAAGGAACAUGUUCUGUUAGUGUGCAAAUCUGUCUGCCCCAAGCUCUGUAAUUGCCUUGGUUAGUCACUGGGUAAUUGACAGGUGUUAAUUUGUAACACUUUGAAGGGAAAAGAUGGCAUAAGUAUAUGCAGUGUCCAAAAUGUUGCCGGUCUGUCAAAUGAGGCUAGUAACAGACUAGUUUCUCUUGCUGUGAUUUGUGUUUUUUGGGGGUGAUUGUAGAUGUGCUGUGUAGUGGUGGUUUCCUAUUGCUGAUGCACUGAGUUUUUGUGCAAGCUUUAAAAUGAAGUAUUUUUGCUUACUGCAAGCUUGGGAACCUACAUUUCUACUGUAUUGUACAAUGUCGCAAAUCCAGAUGUCUUGCAUUGAAAAGUUAUGUCCCAGAAGCUGAGUGAGUAUUUCAGUGAGGUUUUACUCUUUAUAACUAGAAACCGCUUUGGCCUCCUGUAUUUAGAAUGUUCAUCUUGGAUGGAUUAAUCCCACUCGUGAUUUGAUUUGCAUGCUGUUUAACUUGCAUUAAUAGUUUGUUGGAAGAAAAAAUAAGGACUGGAGGACAGCUAAGGAACAGUUCUUUUGAAUGUAGUGAGCUUCAAUGUAGAUUUCCCAUACUUGCCUUUUCCUAAAGUGGCCUGGUCCUCUAAAGUAAGAUGGCUUCCUUGCCUUUGGGAAUAAACAUUUAAGCUAUGAUGUAGUAGCAAGUAAGAUUUCAAUUCUGCAGGCUAAACUGACAUCCAAGUUUAAAUGGACUGCUGCAGAAGCUUUGAAUUUUCAGAUAAUGGUGUGACUGAAGGAGGCAGCUAUAGAAUUUAGAUGUCAGCUGGAUGUGAAUUUGAGGGGGGGUGUCGUACAGUACUUUGGUAGGUGCAUGUAGAUGUACAGGAAAAGUGACUCCAUGCAUCCAGAGAACGUCUGGUACACUCAAUUGCUAUUUACUAUAUUGUCUGUCUUCUAGCAGUGAGCUAGAAACCUUCACCUUGUCUUGUGUGUUUUCAGCAUUAAGUGUUAAUCAUACAGUUUUGUAGGUCAUGGGUUGGAGGCAUUGCAGCAUAUUGUGUUCCAGUCUGAUAUGCAGGGAUGGAGCAUUGAAUUUUUCUUGCAUCGAGGGAGGGUCUACACCUGAGCAAGUUGCUAAAUUGUUCUUUGGUAAUGUCUGGAAAAAAGGGUCCACUGUUUGUGGGAUCUAUCUGGUUAACAUGAAACCUUGCAUGCAUUUAAUUCCAUUAACUUGCUUUCUGCUGUUUUGAUUUUUAAGCAGCAGACAAAUGUGGCUGCAUUGGAGUUUGCAUGGUGAAAAAGUUGGUAGUUCUUUGACUUGUACAUAGCUUUGGAGGUAUUACGGGGGUAAUUUUCAUAUCCAUGCAGUUUGCUUUUAGAUGGGAGGUUCUGAGGGUCCGCAUUGCACAGUUGUGAAACCAGUUUUGGUACUGUCCCAAGUUGAGACUAGGAUCAAGUUAAUAACUGUGUUGCUCCUUUUGAAGGUACUAAACUAACUAAAUUUUCCCACCAUCUCAAGAGCACUGGGAAGCUCAUCUUGUGAGCACUGUGAUUAAUCUUUAAAAAGGUAUGUUAACUAAAGUUUUUUGACUUUUGAUCUUAAUGCACUGGGUGAACAGUUUCUAUAUGUAAAUUAAGCUGUACAAGAUGAAUUGGACCACAGUGAGAAGGGAAAUGAUGUAAUAAAGACAAUUGGUGAGCCAUGCAACAGUCAUGCUAGUCUUAGACUUCACAUUCCACUAUUUAGCUGGCAUGGAGCAGCUCCUAGAUGGCUUUAAAUUGAGGCUGAAAUGAGCAUCUUAUCUUGUGAAAGAUGUACUUGAUGGGGUAGUUUUCAUGACGUUGAAUGUAAUCUUAUUUUAUGAUUUUAUUUACUAUUAGUUUAUUUACUAAUAUAUUGACUGUUUGAAUAUUUUAGUAAAGUCAUUGAAGUGUGAUUAUGACUUUAAUGGCUUUUAAUAAUAUUUAUCUCUAAUAAAGAACCUGACUGAGGUUUCUGAUCUCCA